GCAAAAUAGUCAUAUUAUCAAUUAUGCUGCUUCCUCGAUAGCUUUGUCAACAAUAGCUUUGUAUCCAGGGAAUUCAAAGGUAUUUUCUUUGCCAAUUGUGUUGAAAAAGUCCUGAAUUUUCUCUCUUUUCUCCCCCUCAGCCUGCAGUAAUCUCUUAACUUUCCUGUACUUCUUGAGGUCAUCUUUCUCAGAGUUAACAUUCUUAGAAUUGAUCUUUUGGUAAGGGACGAAUUUCCAUUUUCUUCCACUAUUUUUGAAAAGGUCUUUGUGAAUUUUGUCAUCUUCAACAAGAUGGCAGACUAAUUGUCUAUCAAACAUGAACCUCUUAUCAACAGUCUCAGCUGCUACAGCAGCAACUUCGAGACUUUCGAACUCAAUGAAUCCAUAUCCUUUAGGUCUGGCUGUCUUUUUGCUCCUGGCAAGUUUAACUCUGGUAACAGUGCCGAAUUGCUCAAAGAACUUCUUAAUCUCUUCUUCUCUGAACCCAUAAGGAAUAUGGCCAAGAUAGAUGACUCCUUUAUUAAGUCUGUCUUCUGCAGUAAUUUUCUCUACUCUUCUGAACCUCUUCGAUCUCUUAGAUGCUUUCUUUACUGUGAUUGACUCUUCUGACUUCUUAGUAGCUUUAUCCUUCUUCUCUUUCUGUUCAGCCUUCUCUACUUCUUUACUGAUCUCUUCGACCUGGACUGGGGCUUGGUCGAUAGAAGCCUUUUUCUGCUUCUUCUCUUUCUUUGUGGGAGCUUCUCCUGCCUGGGCUUGAUCAGACUUUUUGGAAGCCUUCUUUUUGGACUUUUCUGUUUUCUUUCCCAUAUAUUUAUUAUUUCAAUUAUGUAG